ACUAAUAGACACUCUAUUUUUUUAAGGUUAUGUCAUAAGUAACCAGGUAUUGCAAAUUUUCUAUAAAUACCCAUUUAAUAAUGAGUUAAAUACUAAAACGACCAUGGCAGCGUUGUUGGGGGCCCAGUUGGUAAUAACAUUGGUCGCAAUAAGCAUAAUUCAAAAAGUAGGUCCUUAUUUUUCUUUUGCCAGGUGGUUAUUAUGUUCCACUGGCCUCGUUAGAUAUUUAUAUCCCACUGAUAGCGAAUUGAAAGAAUUAGCAAAUAUUCCAAAAGAAAAAUCAAAAAAUCGUAAAAAUGCUAAAAUUCAAACGAACGGCAAGACCACUACGGAUACUUUUCAUAUCCCGCGAUCACUAGACGUUAAAUUAGAUAGUGUUAAAAUUACUAAUUUAGAUGUUAUACAUAUAAGAUAUUAUACGGAAUACCAGUGGCUCGUCGAUUUUUCCGUUUACACUUUCGGCGUUUAUGUAACGACAGAACUUUACCAAUUUUGGUUUCCAUUGAAAAACGAAAUGAAUUUGAGUAUGGUGUGGUGUUUUUUGGUGAUACUCUUCGCAGUUAAAUUACUUUUCAGUUUAACUCUACAAUAUUUUAAAGGAACCGAUUCUAUUGGGGAGAGAUCGACUUGUAUUGUUAUGGGCUUUGUAUAUUUAUUAAUAUCCAUGAUGGUUUUGAUUGUUGAUGAAAAUAUGUUAGAAAUUGGCCUGGAAGACGCUUAUGUCAGCUUUAAUAAAAGCGCUUCGACUUUUUUACAUAAACAAGGAUUAGCAACAACUGGACCAGCUUCCAAAAUUGUUCUCAAAUUCAUCAUGGCUGUUUGGUGUGGGAUUUUGGGAGCUUUGUUUACUUUUCCAGGAUUCCGUAUGGCCAAAAUGCACUGGGUUUUAUUGAAGUAUUUUCAAGAUAACAAAUUUAAACAGUUAUUUCUCAAUGUCACUUUCGCCUUACCAUUUAUUUUAGUUAUAUUUUGGAUAAAGCCCGUAUCUAGAGAUUAUUUGACUGUUAGAAUAUUUUCUGGAAGAAGUGAACCACUGAUGACUGAAGAUAGUUUUGAAUCUCUCAGGUUGAUAAUGAUAGUUGUAACUAUGUGUCUUAAGUUAACAUUAAUGCCGUGGUAUUUACAAGCUUACCUCGAUAUGGCACAUCACCGUUUAGAGAGACAAAAAAAGGAAGCGGGAAGAAUAACAAAUAAAGAAUUACAGAAACAGAUCGCUGCGGUUUUCUAUUACCUCUGCAUCGUAACGGUCCAGUACGUAGCGCCGAUCGUACUGUGUGUCUUCUUCACCUUCAUGUACAAAACACUCGGUGAAUACCAAUGGACAGGACAUUACUUGAAAUACCAAACGUCCCCCAACGAUACUCUACCGUCUAAUUCGACUCCGGCAGGUGAUUUCCAAACAGAAAAAAAUGGUAAAUCCAUACUGGAAUCUGCAGCAGAAUUUCAUUUAACUAUAGAAAGUUUGAAGGAGGUUUUUCCGUAUAUAGUGUUUAGGGGUUUGUUCGGUUUCGCGACGUGGUGGUGUUGUUUUUUGUAUUUCGCAACUACUUCUUUCGGUUUAAUUUAUCAAUCUUAUUUUUCCAAUUUUUGAUAUGAAUAAAUAAUUUCAAAUUUGA